CCUUAAAUAUACUCCGAGAGAGAGAGAGAGAGAGUCGAUAAAAGAAAGAAAAAGUUGGACGAAUGUUUGCUUCGUUGUAAUUUCUUCCCAGGGAAAAUUAACUGUUUCCGUUUAUAAACGAAGCUCGACGAAUCUGACCACCUCUCCAGAACUGACUCAGAGAGAGAUGCUGCUGAUCAGAGAUUCGCUCCUAUUCGAAUCGUAGCUGGAUCGGUUCUAAAAUUAGGUUUUACUUUUCGAAGCUUUUGAGAUUUUUGAUUUUAAACAAUGGACGAAGAUUCGUCUAUGGUCCCCGAGCACGAUCACGAUCAGCACGACGAAGCGCAAUCUCAGAGGGAUGCGUCGGGGGAUGGAGGAGGAUCGAUGCCUGCCUUUUCGAGUCCCGAACCGUCGCAGCAGGAAGCUGUGGGAGGAGGAGAAGCGCAAUCAGCGCAAGUCGUUGUUGGUCCGAGGUGCGCGCCGCCGUACUCGGUCGUUGAUGCGUUGAUGGAUAAGAAGGAGGAUGGGCCUGGGCCUAGGUGCGGUCAUACGUUGACGGCGGUUCCGGCUGUUGGCGAGGAAGGGACGCCUGGGUAUAUUGGGCCUCGUCUUGUGUUGUUUGGUGGUGCUACGGCGCUUGAGGAUAACUCUGGUGGUACUGGAACUCCGACUUCUGCAGCUCCGAGUGCUGGCAUUCGGCUGGCUGGAGCAACAGCCGAUGUUCAUUGUUAUGAUGUCCUUUCUAACAAGUGGACUAGGCUUACACCAUUUGGGGAACCACCAACCCCAAGAGCCGCACAUGUCGCAACUGCAGUCGGGACCAUGGUAGUUAUUCAGGGUGGAAUUGGUCCUGCUGGUUUAUCUGCCGAAGACCUUCACGUUCUUGAUCUCACUCAACAACGGCCACGAUGGCACAGGGUUGUUGUUCAGGGUCCUGGACCAGGACCGCGUUAUGGACAUGUCAUGGCACUUGUGGGACAAAGAUAUCUCAUGGCGAUUGGUGGAAAUGAUGGAAAACGUCCUCUCGCUGAUGUAUGGGCCUUGGAUACUGCUGCCAAGCCUUAUGAAUGGCGUAAGCUGGAACCAGAAGGAGAAGGUCCACCUCCCUGCAUGUAUGCAACUGCAAGUGCGCGUUCCGAUGGUCUUCUUCUCCUCUGUGGUGGAAGGGAUGCAAAUAGUGUGCCUCUGGCCAGUGCAUAUGGACUUGCUAAGCACAGAGAUGGACGUUGGGAAUGGGCCAUAGCUCCUGGUGUCUCACCAUCUGCCAGAUAUCAGCAUGCAGCAGUCUUUGUAAAUGCAAGACUCCAUGUGUCCGGUGGGGCACUUGGUGGUGGACGCAUGGUUGAAGAUUCAUCCAGUGUUGCAGUAUUGGAUACUGCCGCAGGUGUAUGGUGUGAUACGAAAUCCGUUGUUACUAGUCCGCGAACUGGCAGGUACAGUGCCGAUGCGGCUGGUGGUGAUGCUUCUGUUGAGCUGACUAGGCGUUGUAGACAUGCUGCUGCUGCAGUCGGUGAUUUGAUAUUUAUCUAUGGCGGUCUACGUGGAGGGGUGUUACUCGAUGGCCUUUUAGUUGCUGAGGAUCUUGCCGCUGCGGAAACAACAUAUGCGGCUUCUCAUCCUGCUGCUGCUGCGGCAACAAAUUCGGCUCCAGGUCGGUUACCUGGAAGGUAUGGUUUUUCAGACGAAAGGAAUAGGGAGUUAUCUGAUUCAGCUGCUGAUGGUGCUGUUGUGCUGGAAAGCCCUGUUGCACCCCCUGUAAAUGGUGAUCUGCAUAAUGAUAUAAGCUCUGAAAAUGCAAUCAAUCCAGGAAUCAGGAGAACGAGCAAGGGUGUGGAGUAUCUUGUUGAAGCAUCAGCGGCAGAAGCUGAGGCGAUCAGUGCUACGUUGGCUGCUGCCAAGGCACGGCAGGUCAAUGGUGAAGUUGAGCUUCCAGAUAGGGAUUGUGGUGGAGAGGCUUCACCUAGUGGGACACCUACAUUUUCGCUAAUGAAGCCAGAUUCUAUGGGAUCUGCAGGGAUUCGUCUUCAUCAUAGAGCUGUGGUGGUUGCUGCAGAAACUGGUGGCGCCUUGGGUGGAAUGGCUAGACAAUUUUCUAUUGAUCAAUUUGAAAAUGAGGGACGACGUGUCAGUUAUGGGACACCAGAAAGUGCAACCGCAGCGAGGAAAUUAUUAGAUCGACAAAUGUCAAUCAGUAGUGUUCCUAAGAAGGUUAUAGCUCAUCUUUUAAAGCCUCGUGGGUGGAAGCCUCCAGUUCGACGCCAGUUUUUCCUAGAUUGCAAUGAAAUAGCUGACCUUUGUGAUAGUGCAGAACGUAUCUUCUCAAAUGAACCAACUGUAUUACAACUUAAAGCUCCUAUCAAAAUAUUUGGUGAUCUGCAUGGACAGUUUGGGGAUCUUAUGCGCCUUUUUGAUGAAUAUGGUUCACCAUCUACAGCUGGAGACAUAUCAUACAUCGAUUACCUCUUCUUAGGGGACUAUGUUGAUCGAGGUCAACACAGUCUAGAAACAAUCUGCCUUCUGCUUGCAUUAAAGGUUGAGUACCAGCAUAACGUACACUUAAUUCGGGGAAACCAUGAAGCUGCUGAUAUUAAUGCUCUUUUUGGCUUCCGAAUCGAGUGUAUUGAGCGAAUGGGUGAACGUGAUGGAAUCUGGGUGUGGCACCGAAUAAACCGUUUAUUUAAUUGGCUACCGCUUGCUGCAUCGAUUGAGAAGAAAAUUUUAUGUAUGCAUGGGGGUAUUGGUCGUUCUAUAAAUCAUGUGGAGCAGAUAGAGAGUAUUCAACGUCCAAUUACAAUGGAAGCUGGCUCCAUUGUACUCAUGGAUUUAUUAUGGUCGGAUCCGACUGAAAAUGACAGUGUGGAAGGUUUAAGGCCCAAUGCUAGAGGCCCUGGAUUGGUUACAUUUGGGCCUGAUCGUGUUAUGGAGUUCUGCAACAACAAUGAUCUUCAAUUAAUCGUACGUGCACACGAAUGCGUGAUGGAUGGGUUUGAGCGUUUUGCUCAGGGGCAUUUGAUAACUCUCUUUUCAGCUACAAACUAUUGUGGUACUGCAAACAAUGCUGGGGCUAUCUUGGUAUUGGGGAGAGAUCUUGUAGUGGUUCCUAAGCUCAUUCAUCCGUUACCUCCAGCACUUUCAUCAACUGAAGCUUCACAUCCAGAUGACACAUGGAUGCAGGAGCUGAACGCAAAUAGGCCAGCGACACCAACCAGAGGACGCCCACAAGCUCCAAAUGACAAAGGAGGCUCUCUGGCGUGGAUGUAAGGUAGACGGAAGAGGCACUCGUGGACAUACAUACCGCAGCCACACACUUUGUAACAUCUGCCUCCUGGUGUUCCUCAUGUUUCUGUACAGAAAAGAUGAGCGAUAAACGAGAAACGAUGAGGGUCUGGAGAUAUCAGGGGGUUGUUGUAAAUUGAGAUGCCGUAAGGGUAGAGAAGUCAGUUUUGGUGGUGGUUUAGUAGUGAUUUGUAGAGUUCAUUCGUUUGGGCUUUAGUUCUCUCUUUCAACUUUAUUUAGUCUGCUUUCUAUAAAAUCUUUGUGUUUCUCUCCAAUUUAUUAUCUUCUCGUUUUGGUUUGUGGUAUAGUUUCUUGGCGAGUGGGAUUUUGAGUUAUCAUCCGUAUUAGGGUGUGUUAGUUGGGGGGGGGGGGAUGGAUGGUUUGCUGGUUUUCUAUUUAUUCUGUAUCAUAUAGACGUUGGGGCUUUUGUGUAUCUUAACUUAUAUUCAUUAAGCAGCUCAUACUUUUGUAACG